CGGAGCUGGAAGGCGGCGACGAGGGGCAGAGGAAAGUUUGCCCAAAGCACGGGAGGGGCCAGUCUCGGGGACGUGAUUGGCAGUUCGCAGGGAGUCGGGGCUGGAAGCGGCCGAGAGGGAGAAGGCUCCGGGCCGCGCGAGGUCCUGCCCAGCUGUUGGCGAGAAGUUUCCUGUUCCCCCCGCGGCGCCCGGGUGCAGCGGAGUGAGUCACUCGCGCGCCCCGACCGACGACACCCCCGUGCGCGCACCCGCCCGGGGACGGAGCCGGCCGUCCCGCGCAGCUCCCCUCGGCCGCCGGGGCCCUGCCCAGCCUCCGCCGGCCUCCAGGCCCCCUCGGCGCCCGCCCGCCCGCCGCCACAUCUGGCCGCACCUCUGCCCGGCCGGCCCGGCGCGGGGUCCCGAGCGAGGAGCGCUGCCGGGGCUCGGGACUCGGUCUAUGCGGAGCAGCGGGGGCUGCCAUGGGUCGGGGGCUGCUCCGGGGCCUGUGGCCGCUGCACCUCGUCCUGUGGAUGCGCAUCGCCAGUACGAUCUCCCCGCACGUUCAGAAGUCGGUUAACAAUGACAUGAUGGCCACAGACAGCAAUAGUGCAAUAAAGUUUUCACAGUUGUGUAAAUUUUGUGAUGUGAGAUCAUCUACCUGUGACAACCAGAAAUCUUGCAUGAGCAACUGCAGCAUUACGGCCAUCUGCGAGAAGGCACAAGAAGUCUGUGUGGCUGUCUGGAGAAAAAAUGAUGAGAACAUAACCUUGGAGACGGUUUGCCAUGACCCCAAGCUCACCUAUCACGGAUUUGUUCUUGACGAUGCGGAUUCUCCAAAGUGUAUUAUGAAGGAGAAAAAGAGGUCUGGUGAGACUUUCUUCAUGUGCUCCUGUAGCUCCGAAGAGUGCAAUGACUACAUCAUCUUUUCGGAAGAUAUUGCCAGCAACAAUCCCGACUUGUGGUUAGUCAUAUUCCAAGUGACAGGUGUCAGCCUCCUGCCACCCCUGGGGAUCGCCAUUGCUGUCAUUGUCACCUUCUACUGCUACCGUGUGCACCGGCAGCAGAAACUGAGUCCCUCAUGGGAGACCAGCAAACCGAGGAAGCGGAUGGAGUUCAGCGAGCACCUGGCCAUCAUCCUGGAGGAUGACCGCUCAGACAUCAGCUCCACAUGCGCCAACAACAUCAACCACAACACCGAGCUACUGCCCAUUGAACUGGACAUGCUGGUGGGCAAAGGCCGCUUUGCUGAGGUCUACAAGGCCAAGCUGAAACAGAACACUUCUGAGCAGUUUGAGACCGUGGCAGUUAAAAUCUUCCCUUACGAGGAAUAUGCGUCCUGGAAGACAGAGAAAGACAUUUUCUCCGACAUCAACCUCAAACAUGAGAACAUUCUCCAGUUCCUGACAGCCGAAGAGCGGAAGACUGAAUUGGGGAAGCAAUAUUGGCUGAUUACAGCUUUCCAUGCCAAGGGCAACUUGCAGGAGUACCUCACCAGGCAUGUCAUCAGUUGGGAGGACCUGCGCAAGUUGGGCAGCUCCCUGGCCCGGGGCAUUGCUCACCUGCAUAGUGAUCACACCCUGUGUGGGACACCCAAGAUGCCCAUUGUGCAUAGGGACCUCAAGAGCUCCAACAUUCUUGUAAAGAAUGACCUGACCUGCUGCCUGUGUGACUUUGGUCUUUCCCUGCGUCUGGACCCAACUCUGUCUGUGGAUGACUUGGCCAACAGUGGGCAGGUGGGAACUGCAAGAUAUAUGGCCCCAGAAGUUCUAGAGUCCAGGAUGAAUUUAGAGAAUGUUGAGUCAUUCAAGCAGACUGAUGUCUACUCCAUGGCUCUGGUGCUCUGGGAAAUGACGUCUCGGUGCAAUGCUGUGGGAGAAGUGAAAGAUUAUGAGCCACCAUUUGGUUCCAAGGUACGGGAGCAUCCCUGUGUAGAAAGCAUGAAGGACAAUGUGCUGAGAGAUCGAGGACGACCAGAAAUCCCGAGCUCCUGGCUCAAUCACCAGGGCAUCCAGAUGGUGUGUGAGACGCUGACUGAGUGCUGGGACCACGACCCAGAGGCCCGGCUCACGGCCCAGUGUGUGGCAGAACGCUUCAGCGAGCUGGAGCACCUGGACCGACUCUCAGGACGGAGCUGCUCUGAGGAGAAGAUUCCCGAAGAUGGCUCUCUGAACACUACCAAAUAGCUCUUCCAGGGCAGGCCUGGCCUAAGCCAAGGAGGCCACCCCAUCACCAAAGAACAGAGGCAGCAAGAAGCUGCCCCGGAACCGGAGCUUCCUGGAAACCUGUUUUUUCUUCUUCCUGUCAGCUGUGGGGGAGAGAGAGCAGCCACCAUGGCAGAGGGGAGUGGGUGACAGGAAGCAUUCUGUGCCUUUGACAUUGUCAUAGGAUAAGCUCUUAGCACUUCCUCAGGAAAUGAGUUGAUUUUUGACAAUAGCCAAUAACAUUUGCACUUUAUUAAUGCCUGUAUAUAAAUAUGGAAUAGCUAUGUUUUAUAUACAUUUCUAUAUAUGUCAUAUCUAUAUCUAUAUAUAUAUAUAUAUACAGCCAUACUCUGGAAAGAGACAAGGAAAAAAAAGAAAAGAUUCCUAGGAAAUGGGUUGGAUGAGAGAGCUCUGGAACAGCACCCUGCAGGAAGGGGCCCAUGGCAGCAUUAGCAUGCAAUCAUCGUUCAAAGCCUGGUCCUCUGACUACGCAGGGGCACACUUGGUUUUAGAGGAGUGGCGCUUGUUUCAGACAGAGUUCAGGACAGUUGCACUGCACUAGCCUUUGCAAAACCAGGCCCUGCCCAUGGGUUCUCUUCUGGCUGUGGAGUGAAUGAGAGUCUGCUGUUCAGAGGGUCCUAUUGGGCCACACUGUUUGUGGUUAGAUACUGAGGAUCAGAAACAAUACGGCCGUUGUGUCAGCCCUGGACUUUUCACCUGAGCUUCAGGCUCUUACCUAUGACUCAUGAACUACCUUCCUCAACUAGCUCGAAACUCUAAGAGCAUAGACAUUUGCAAUCUCAUUUCUUGACCUCAGACUUCAGGAAAAAAAGCAGGACAGUUUUCUUUAAUCGGUUAAUCAUCCACUGGCCACCUUUCAUCCUGAGGAAAGAUUCUUCUUUUGAAGCACCGCCCCAUCAUCCCCAGCUCACCCCAACCCCCUCCUGUUUCUAGUCCAAAUCUCAGACCUUCUCCCACUCAUUCCUACAAGGGAACAAAUUUCCCCUUUUGGGUUCAUCCUCUAAAAUUUUUCAUCACAUUUGACUUAGGACUCUAGCUGUCUGUGCAAGCAGCAGUAGGUUCUCUUUUUUUUUUUUUCUGGGUUCCUGAAGUGUGAGUACAUUUGGCACAGGUGGGAAGUAUUUGAGCUGCUACAGUCAGGACUGCUGCCUCGGGCACUUUGAACCUACAUUUUGCUUGGCCAGCACAGCGCUGAACAAAAGUAAGUCACUUUUUCAAUAUUUGGAGACUGCAAAAAAUAUCUGGGUCCCCCAGUGAGGAUAGAGAGCAGAUGAUUUCCUGUUUUCUCCAGGCUCUAUCAUUCACUAAACAAAAAGGCCGGCAAUUAGAGAAAGCUGCUUCACUUCUUGCCAACAAUGAUGGUUCCCAUUGCCCACUCCCACCCCAGUCUGCAAGUUGAGCUUACCCUUAACCAAGCUCCCUUAUAAGAAAUGUGCAUUUAAACAGCCAUUCUUUGGCUCUAUAGUAUGGUUUUUAUCACAUCCUUUACUCUGUCUGGGGUUAAGAUAGGAUGUUGAUUUUUUUUUAAAGACUAAAGAAGACCUUCUCUACAGGGUCCCUGUAAACAAAUCUUCUGUGCUUAUAUGUUAAGAGUUUUCUCCCCUGCAUCUGGGAGGGGAGCUCUUUUUCUCCAAGAAGCUUUUGGCCAUGUUAAUGGCUUGUCAUUUCAGCCUUACCAACCUCUGCAGAAUUUACAAGUGAGGACUUGAAUGAGAGACACAAGAGUCCCAUUUGCAGUUAGGCAAUUUGUGUCCACAUGGACAAGAACAAAGACUGAGCUUUAAUACUCUAUAGGAAGCAUGUUAAUCCAUAAACAUGUAUUCAUGCUGCAAAUAACAAUCUCUCUUUUUUUUUUAAGAAAUGUGUUUGAAGCUACUUAUUUUCAGCCAAAUAGGAAUUUUACAAGGGACCGGCUAUGAGCAGAUCAGCUCGAUUUUAGAUUUGAAAAGGUCUCCAUCUCAUUGGGUUUUCACAGGAUAUGUUGGCAUUUGAGAUUAGGUGGAACUUUCUAGAACCCUACUCAGUGUGGGUAGACUGAGAGAGUUCAAGAUAGACUGGCUGUAGUGUGAAAUGCCUAGGAAUUUUGUACUCCUUAGGGCUCUUUGAUACCAUCUCAACAGCUGUUGCUCAUUGACCUCUAGUGGCGAAUUUCUAGAAUACCGGUCGAUCAGUAGGAUCUCCAAAAUUCAAGAGUUUUUAUCAUUUCUUGGUCAUCAUCAGCCUAAACUGGAAUGUAGUGUCAGGUGAUACUGUGGCUCUUUUUGUUUAUUUUUUGUGCUCAAGAAAAAGACCAAGACUACAUUCUAUAGUUCCUAAAAAUGCUACUAUGCAUAAAAAAGAAAGUUUUAUUCUUUUAUGGAACAUUUCAACAGUAAUCAUGUAUUAAAAUAGGAAUGUGAAAUGCUAUAUACUCUUUUUAUAUCAAAUGUCUCAAGCACUUAUUUCCAUUUUAUGCCUUGUCUUUUAUAUAAAUAAAAUGUUUAUUAGAUUGAAUAAAGUAAAAAUACUCAGGUCA